AUUCUACAAAGCGGAACCGCGAGUUUGUCCACAUGCACGCUUGAAGUUUGGCUGCUCACAUUUCCUUCAAGUAAGACAGAGAUCUUCGAGGCCUUCUAACUGGUCUUGAACUGUAUUAUUUUGUAAUAUAGAGGGUCAAAGUGUGGCAGGCUGAAUUGUUUGCUCGAUAACUUUAUACCUGAGCAAGGCCCAUCGCCAAGGAUAGUAAGAAAUGGCAAGAACAGCUCAAACUCCUUCAACACCAUUAGAGCAUCCUUUAUUAUCAUGUAGUGCAUUUUCAAAGAAUGAUUCAAAGUAUAAUUAUGGUGCAACUGUUAUAGAUCUUACAAUAGAUUCACCCUCUCCUACCAUGGCACACCAACCAUUACAACAUAUGCCACACCACCAACAUCCUCACUCAUCAGCUUUCCACCGUGUCACCGGCCAACCAUACGACAGUCAUGGACCAGUCAGAGGGUGCCCCUAUAUGCAGGCCCAAACAUUGCGGGAACCACAUUACCACUCCCAUUAUAGACCGAUCCAUCGAGUAUCCAAUCCAUCAUAUUGUCCAUCAAUGGCAUCUACUGUACCACUCCAACAUCCACCAGUUACAGCUACACCCGUCAUAAUAGACCCUGAACCUUUAUCAAACCAUGUGCGGACAGUGCCUAUAACAAGCCUUCCAAAUCAAUUACUAAUGAAUAGUGUUCCUAUGGCAACACCUACUUUUGUACAACCCCCACCCAGUGAGAAUCCAGAYCUUGACCCAAAUGCUAGUAAUCAUCAACACUAUCACCACCAUUAUCAUCAUCAUCACCACCAUCAUCAUCAUUUUGUACAACCACCAUAUCAAGUACCACAACCGACACAACCUCAACCUUACCAUCCCCACCCUUAUCCAUCGUCAUCAAUGCAUCAUCGGCAUUAUAGACGAUGGCAACAAAACAAUGGACAUCAAGAAUGGUCCCAACAUACCGGUCACAUCCAACCACCACCGUUAAUACAUUCUGCUAGUGUCCAGGCUUAYCCUGACCUCCUUUACCAUCUACUGUCUGUAAUGUCCAUGCAACCUGUGCAUGCUAACCAACCGCCGCAGCCUGUAUGGGAAGAGUCUUAUCAACAGGAGAAUUAUGAGACUUUAUUGAAUCUUGCUGAACAAAUAGGAGAAGCCAAACCAAAAGGUUUAACUCGAGCAGAAAUAGAUCAACUUCCAACCUUCCGAGUUACAGCAGCACAUAAAAAGAAUAGUGAUGAAGGACGGUGUGUGGUUUGCUUGGCUGAUUUUGAUGAGAAACAGCUUGUGAGAACACUGCCUUGUUCCCAUGACUACCAUUCACGAUGUAUUGACAAGUGGCUCAAGUCAAACAGGACAUGCCCAAUUUGUCGUACAGAGGUCAAAGUUGGCAAGAAGUGAAAUAAUUCAAGGAGUAAUAAUAACAAGGCAACUGACUUUUGGUGAUGGAUGCAAUGACAUGUGAAAUCUUGGCUCACUGAAAACAGUUGAAUGAGCUCUUUUCCUUUGGCUGUUAUGAUUGUGAACAACACAAAAACUGAYGGAAAUAAAUGUUUCCAAAGGGGAAGUAAUUUCACAUACAUAUACCGUAAUAUGUAUACCCAUAAUGCAAUUAUUAUUGCCCAGCGAUGAAUAUUCUCUCUAAUGGAUGUGAAAGAUGGACUAAAUUUAACCAGUCUCACAAGAAAUGAACAUUUUAAUGCCUUUGAAAGAGGCCAAAAUUAAUUGCUAAAGAAGKCUUUGCUGUAAAGAAUAAUCUACUAGAACUGAGAAAAUCAGGACAAUAUUUGAACAAAAUAGCAAAAUUUGGCUGGAUUGUGUAUAUAUAUAUGUAAAGUAYUUGUCAUCAUGGUAAAACACCAUACAUCUAAAGGUUUUUUAUGUACAUCUGAAGAAAUGCAGUUAUAUUAGUAGAAAUAUAUGGCAUAUAAUCAACAAAUAACUCUAACUACCAUGACUAUUAUUAAAUAAAUCAUGUAUGAGCAAAA